AUGUUGAAGCUUGCCACCGGCGUACUCGUAGAAACGGUAGCGAGUUCCUCGCAUCGCGCGGCAUCGUCGACCGCGGGGCUGCGACCGCGUCCCGUUGUCGGCCGUGCGAGAUCUCGGCACAUCUACAGCGACUGUCGCAACGACGACGAUGACCCGAAGGCGGCGAACAGAAGUACGACCUCUGCCGUCGCCGCGAGCGAACGCAAAUCGCGUGGCGAAGGGUCCGCGAACGGUUCGGCAGCGGAGCCACCGGCACCUCCGGAAAAGGACCAGUGCUGCGGUAGCGGCUGCUCGAACUGCGUGUGGUUGGAGUACGCCGAAGACUUGGUGGAAUUCUACAAGGACGGCGGGGCGCGCGCCGCGGAAGCGGUCGCCAACAUACCGGACCCGAACGUACGUCAGUUCGUCAAAACCGAGCUAGAACAUAUGUUGAAGCACAACAAGUGA